AUGAAACUAAUCUGGAUUUUAUUUGUUUUCAUAAAUGUUAUCCAUCUAGUUGAACUUCGUUCAGCUUUACUGGCAAACCAAAAUAGACUCGGCUCACCUGGUGCCUUAUCUGGACUGAGAAAUGGCUUACCCAAUCCUGGUUCAAAAGCUGGUUCCGCUGCAAAAGCAUCUUCAAUGGCCAAAGGAGUGAGUCAACCUUCGUCACCAUUGAGUUCCGAUGAUGAUUCGACUUCAGCCAGCGAUUCUAGUGCAGCAUCGGAUGCAAGUGCAGAUGCAUCUUCAAGUCUUAAAUCGAAAUCUGGUUUAUUAGGUAAAAAAUCGAAAGCAAGUGGCAGUCCAUUAGACAGUACAGAUGUGGACUCGCUUUCAGGCAUCGGGAAGAAAGUACCGAGUAAAUCACUCAAGAGCCCCCUUUCAACCUCCAAUUCAACAUCAUCUGAAUCUGAUGCAGAUGCUAGCUCUGCCUCUGGUGCAGACUCUAGUUCAACCUCUGAUUCAGAUUCUGAUUCUAGCCCUGAUUCAAAAGAAAAAUCCAAAUCAACUUUACCUCCCAAAUCUGAUUCUUCCAGCAAAACUAAUUCCACUUCAGAUUCCUCAUCUAAAUCCAAAACGGACGAAGAUUCUGAUUCGGUAGAUGAUUUUUAUGAGUCAAUUGCUUCUGCAUCGGUAACUACAGAGAGCUCAAAAUCAUCUAGUUCACCAAAAGACGACGAUAAAGACAAGAGUGAUGACGCUUCAGGCUCAAAAGGAUCGAAAUCAACAACCACUUCAGACUCCACGUCAUCAGAAUCCCCAACAUCUUCUUCAUCCACAACAUUGGCCUCACUUACGUUUACCAAUGCAACUGAAAAGCCAACAGAAGCUACUACUGCUGACUCGUGGUCUAACCUUUUUGCUGGUUCAUACUGGAGUAAAUCAAAGGCGAAAUCAUCAAGUUCUGCUGGUUCCAGUUCUGGAUCAGAGUCAAAUUCAUCUUCUGCAAGUUCCUCAACUAAUGAUUCAACAAAUGAGACUCUAUCAGUUGAUUUAGGGACUUUAAAGUCACCUGCUUUGACUAAAGAGGUUGAUGGUAUUUUAUCAAAAGCCAAUUCAAAGAUGAAGUCCAUUGCUUCAAGUUUGCUCAAUUUAAUGAGUCAAACGGCACUUGAUUUAGCAGUUGCUGUAUCCAAAUCUGGCAUUAAUACGCCAAGAGCAUGA